AAGGGAAGGAAUGGCACAGAUGUUCUUCGCCCCACAACAUCAAAUCUUCAAGCAUUCUCCCGCUCCCAGCCUACCUCUUUUGACACGAUGAACUUCAAAGCUACCCUCCUUCUCGCGGCAACUGCCCUCCCGCUUGCCCGUGCAGUGGUUAUUACCCCCGCCACGAGCAGCGCUUACAAGUCUCCCAGCAGUCAGUGGUCUCUCGUCGGCUGCGUCCAAGACCAGUACCCCACGGAUCGGGUUAUGUCCGGCGCCUACACCUCAGGCUCUGACCUUACCCCUUCAUCCUGUCUGGACUUCUGCGCCAGCAAGAAUUUCCACCUGGCGGGUCUCGAGAGCGGUAACCAGUGCUACUGCUCCCAGGAGCUCUACAAUGGAGCCACAGUGGGUAUGCACGGUGCCAAUCUCACCAGCAAGAACAAUGACGGGUGCAACGUUUCCUCGGCGGGCGACUCAUCUAGCAAUGGAGGUGGUUACAAUCAUCUCCUCGUCUUUGAAUCGACCGUCUUCCCCGAGCCAAGCGUCGCCAAGCCAGCAAACGCCGAUUAUCUAGGCUGCUACGCCGACAAUGUUAACAAGCGACUGCUGCCCGCAUACGGUUCUGGGACAAAGGUCACGAAUGACGCUUGCGUCGCUAAGUGCCAGUCCUCUGGAUACAAUCUCGCCGGUACAGAGAAUGGUUCGCAGUGCUGGUGCGGCGACUACAAGUCGGUCGUUCUACCCACGAACGACCCCGUGAAGUGCAACAUUGCAUGCAAGAAUGCCACGAGCGAGCUCUGUGGUGGUUCCGGCUACCUGAACAUCUACUAUAUUGCAGGCGCAUCUUCGACUACUAGUGCGUCGACGAAGAAGGCCUCGGCGACGAAGGGUCCGUCUGUGACGAUGCGCCGAAUUAUCAAGGAAUCGCCUGUCCCUUCUUUGCUGCCGGUGGUGGGUGUUCCUGCAGGAGCGGACUAGCCGACUGAGUGAUGCUCCUGUGUCCUGUCGCCCCGCUACUCCCAACCAUUGUACGCUAGACUUGCAGGCCCGAUGUCAUCUCUGUUGCUGCGCCUUGGCCGACAGAUGA